AUGAAGCUCCUCACCCUAGCCGUCCUCGCGACCCUCGCAGCCGCCGAGCUCUCGCCCUGCAUCACGGAGUGCGCGCAGAACGUCUCAUCGACCAACGCGACCGCAUGUCCCUCCAAAAACUUUGAGUCGCAGGAGUGUCUGUGCGAGUACGGCUUCACGUCGGCGGUGCGCAAGUGCAUGUACACCGGCUGUUCAAGCGAAGUCAAUGACUGGGUUGGGGUAUACCGUGGCGCCGCGUGCCCCGAAGGCACAUACUCAGCAACGAACGGGACCAAUCCAUCAUCCAACUCGACGGGAACGACCAGUGCCAGCGGAGCGGCUGCUUCGUCGCCGUCAGUCAGCCCCGUGUCGACUGCGGCUGCUAUCGGCGCGCCCGUCCUAGGUGCGGCGUUUGUCGCCGCCGUUGCCGCUUUACUCUAA